GACGCUUUACCCACGAUCGUGAGGAAUCCAUCAUUUAUAGCAGGGGUGUCUGCCUCGUCUCGUCAGACAAGGCCCUGUCCUCGCAGUGGCAUUGCAAAGAUGGACUUCAGACUGCUUCUGGCAGCCCUGCUCGUCGGAGCUGCUCACGGAGCCAGAAUCGCUGACAGCAGUCCUUACUGGCUGGGGUAUGGAGGCGGCAUCUCCUUGUUUAUCUCGGGCACAGGAUUCAGCGAAGAUCAGUUCAGCCACUUUGACACGACCCUGGGCAACAAGGUGAAACUCGUCAAUGAGGUCGACACGGUCGAUUGCGAGGUCAUCCCUUAUUUGACCAACACCGAGAAGAUUGUCUGCGUCGUUGGGCAAAGGCUGAACGUCAAUGCUCCGUCUGUCUAUGUCAUCAAGGUCUUCGCUGAUGGCGUGGAGGCCUCAGGAUCAAGGACAGUUGAGUUUGCCAGCUGGAUGUCACCAGUCAUCGAGAGGAUGAACCCACGGUGGGCACUGCCAGGGGAAUUCGUGGAGAUGACAGGCUACAUGCAGACUGACAGGUUCCAGGUUGUGGAUUUAAACGAUCCUCUGGAAGAUGAUUUGUCCUCUGGAAGAGUUAUGACGGGGGCAUACGUCGGCAAGGUCGAAUGUGAAAUGGUGAAUGAAACAACUGGGGUACUCCACUACCCUCUCAAUACCAAUAGCCUCAAGUGUAAGGUGCUCAGCCAAAACAUUGGCCCUAUGAACGGGUCCGUUUACGUGACAACAAGAGGUGCAGCCGAAACCAGGUGGUACGGGAUGUACUCGGAUUCUCAAGACAAGCUUUAUCAGUACCACACGUACGCAGGUGUGGAGAGCGUGUCUCCGAGCACAGGUUCCCCAGGUGGAAGCACAUUGAUUACCGUCACUGGUGUCGGUUUCAGCAACAUCGCAGGUGCAACAGAGGUUCGAGUUGGAGGUGCUGUGUGUGACAUCCAGUCUGUCUCGUACAACUCGCUCACGUGUCUGACGCCUGCCCAAGACACCACGUCUCCAGGACCACGAGAAAGAGGGUUCCUCUGGGAGUUCUGGGAGGGGGCCUACCCUGAAAUCUGGAAUGACGCUCAGUGGAAUACCCUGGACUCCACCCAUCCAAAUUACACUUCCGAUUACAAGCUGGACAUCAACUUCAACGUGACAAUGUCUGUUCCCUCCGCUGGCAAGCUCUCAGGGUACCUGAACAUGCCCCACGACGGUAACUACUCCUUCGGCUUCCACGCCUUGAAUGCCUCGGUCCGUAUCUACAUAGCUGCCAAUGGGAAUCCAGCCAAUCUUACAUUUGUGAAUUACUGGGAGAAGGUCUUCUUGUACAAGGACACCCCCGCUUACUUUGAGAUCCGCUACAGAGGCACCGCGUCGACCAUCUUCAGAGGGUUGAUGAACGACUUCGCACCAAAGUACUCCCGCUACCAAACUCACUUGGCCUUAGAUGAGAAGCAGAGGUUGUACCUCAAUCCCAGGGUGAAAUGGGACAAGCAGCGACUCACGCCUAGCGGCACUCUGGCUGCUGCCAGUCUCUACCUGAAUGGAUUUCUGUCUCCGCCUGUUAAUGUGUCAGAUGCCAGCAAGGUAAGAACGGCUGUUUUAGGACUGGUUGAUCAGCAAUGCGAAGACGUGGCAACAGAUCCGACAAUCUCCACUCGAUCCGGGUUCGAAAUUGGAAGUGAGGACCCGCCUGGUAGACGUGGCAGCAUUGUCGAUGACGUCAAGCCAUUCUGCGGAAGGUAUUCAUUUAUGGUCCAUGAAACAGAUCCCAAAGUGUAUGACCAGAGUGAUGAUAAACUUAUGGUGGAUGUCCUUAAGUUUAAUUACGUGUGCUUCGCCAUAAAAGGAAAUGCCAAGAAGAGUAUGAAAGUGGAGUUCUACUGGUGGGACAAAUGGAACAGAUGGAGGAGCGAUGCUGUUUGGUUUGACCAUACCUACACGUCUGAUCCAAACACAUGGAGUUAUCAGUGCCACGACAUCUUCAAGGUCAUGAACAGUUCCUCGAUCAACACCCAACGAAACAAAGGCGCAGUCGUGAAGGCCAGAAGAGUAUGGGCUCCCUUACCCCAUUCCAGCUUCGAUGAUGUCUAUGUUGAUGAGUUCAUGUUCUCUGACGAAAGCGUUGGUGUGACCCAGGCAAGACCAUCAGCCCUUCAAUCCCAGGGUAUCCUAAUUAGUAACAUCACCGUGACCCCGGUGGUAGUGGACGGCGUGACUUCGCUCGACGUUGAGUUCAUAACUUCCAACUGCUACGGGAACUUCCCCUUGUUGGGCGUCACUAGCGGAGCACCAAAUCCCUCCUGGCUAACGGAGCUGGACAGCAGUGCCACUGAUGCCAGCUUCACUGUAAGGGGGGGUACGGUGAAUGUAACACGUUUAGUGACAGCCACUAACGUAAUUUCGGGCACAUGGUCAAUGGACAUCAUGGGAGCUACACUAUCAGGACUUGCGCCCGAUGUCAGCCCACACGUCCUUGAGGAAAUGGUUAACGGAGCCCUGGGCACCACCGGCAUCGACGUCAGGCAGUGGGGUACAUGCAAUACCAGAAAGUGGACCGUAGAGUGGCUCGAGGAUCCAGGUCCAAAGCCCUUGAUUACAGUCGAUGAUUCACAGCUUGUCUUCGAUGGAGAUUCCUUUUCAUUUACUGUUAGUCGAGAUCAGGACGGCAGACUAUGGCAUGAUCCAAUAGUGGCAGACUUUGUGAUUGUACACAGGGAAGAACCUCACGUUUCAGUGACAGUCAAUGGAUACUCAGCUGCCUGCCUUGGGGACUGCUCCUACGCUUUUGAUGCGUCUGGUGCUCCAACCUUAUCAUCUGUGGCCGGAAGUAUGGGGGUCUCUGGAGAACACACACUUACAAUCAUGGGGUCUGGUUUCACCAGCUCUGACAUGAGUAGCUACUCUGUGACUGUCGGAGGCGUUGACUGCGUAGUCAGUGCUGUGGCUACAACAACAGUCACUUGCACAGCAUCCUACCUGCCUGCCGGAGUGCAUUCAGUCAACGUCGUCAUGCAACCUAUAGGCGCUGCCCUUCAGCCGAACCCAGCACUGACCUACACAGUGACAUUGUCUGUCACUUCUGUCACUCCUGCUACAGGAGGUACUGGAGGUGGUUACUCCGUCAUUGUCCUAGGCUCAGGUUUCCCUGCAGAUCUGGAUGGAUGGAGCGGUAACUCUGUAACCUUGGGUGGAGUUGCUUGUGACGUCACUGCCGCCGAUGGUGCGUCUGUCACCUGCACCGUUCCAGCUGGGGCUGCAGGCUCAGUUGAUGUAUCUGUAACCAUUAGUGGUCAGACAUCCACCUUGACCAGUGGGUUUACCUAUGAUUCUACACUGUCAGCCUCAAUUACAACUGUUUCUCCUACGACAUCAAACGUAUUAGGAGGGAGUGUGCUUAGCAUCACUGGCACUGGCUUUGGCGAUGGAACUGGCGGCUAUGUCAAAGUUGGACCAAACACUUGUGGAGUUGUAAGCUGGACAGGUACCUUGAUUACCUGCACUUUGCCAUCAAAUAACCCAGGAGUACAAGCUGUUUCUGUUUACACAGGAAGUCAGGGCUUUGCCAGUGGGUCAGCAUCCGUGACAUACACAUUCAAAAUCACAGGGUCAUCGUCAGCUACGGGGUCUGUAUUUGGAGGCACUAUCCUGGUUCUUGAUGGUGAAGGCUUCGGCACUGAUUGCUCACUCCUCGAGGUAGAAAUUGGCGAUGGAAUGGUGUGUGAUGUUCUGGAGUGCUCAGACGUUCAGAUCACCUGCAUCACUCGCCUGGUUUCAGUUAAUCAUGUUGUCACCAACAUGGGUAUUUAUCCAGGUUAUGGCACAGGUUUUGCUUGGUCUCCUAAAGUUCUGACUAUCACGGAAGGUGACAGUAUCACCUGGAACUGGAGUAAGCCAGACCCACUCUCUCAGGCCCUCUUCAGCAUCUUCCAGACAGCCACAGCCGCUGACAAGACAUACGAUGGCUCUGGAUUCAACUCUGGAGCUCCUAUGUCAUCUGGAUCCUAUACUGUAGAGUUCCCACAUGCUGGCACCUUUUUCUAUGCUGGUAGCCCAGUGACAGAUGCUGAAGAUGCUCUCGUUAUGACGGGACAGAUUAAUGUGGUCAAGCCGUCAGAAUCUGUUAAUAAGAUUACUGUUGAACUUGGCGAAAUUGAAGCUGAAUACGACCCUCUCGGCACAACUCCAUCUGUCUCAGUAGAUGGUUGCCCCUCUCUCAUCUCUACUCCUAUUGAUGGAUGUACUUCUACAGCACCUUCCGCCCCUGAUGCAGAGAACUUGUACUUUAUUAGUGAUCUCUGCCUGACACCUACAAUCACUGGAGUUUCUGCAAGUGCUGUAGAAAGCAUUGACGGGCUGCAAGGCAUCCAAGUUCGAACUGGAGUAACAUUGACCAUUACUGGAACUGGCUUCGGCACGACAGAUUGCCAGAGCUCUGUGAAGAUAGGCCCAGCAUCCUGCACUGUGACCGCGUCGACAGACACCUCCAUCACGUGUAAUUUGGACGACAGCAGCAACGUUGUCUCCCUGAAAGCUUUCCCAGUCACUGUAACUGUUGCUAACAGAGGGGCAGCUGCCAUCAGUGUGAGCAACUUUGUCACCGAGGGGCAGGUCACUGUAGUGCCAGUGGUUAGCUCAUUCACGCCAACAGAGGGGUCAGUGGCUGGAGGGACUCUGAUAACUAUCACAGGUUCUGGUCUAGUGGCUUUUGAUAACCAAGUGGCAGUGCCGCUAGGGUCCGGCAGCUGUGCCAUAGAGAGUCUGACCGCCACUGCUAUCACCUGUUCUACCCCGCCUACGCCUGCGUCCUCAUCUUCAGUGGCUGUCUUUGUGUCUGCUUUCAAUAUACAAGCUAUCAGUGACUUGGCAUCAUCUACUUACACCUUUAGUGCAUCAGCAACUCCAAUGGUGUCUGACGUGAGCGUCUCUGGCGACACAGUCACAAUUACUGGUUCAUCCUUUGGUACAUCUACUUCAGGAGUUACAGUAACUAUAACUGUCACUCCUACUAGACGCAAGAGAAGUCUAGAUGAGGACAUCCCUGCAGAGACCAAAAAGAGGGAGGUAAGGUAUCAGACAUAUUUCGACGAUGAUGAUGAAAUGCACGUUUAUGACGAAGAGGCAAAGGUCUCUCGCAGCACACGCCGCCCAAAGAUCAGCUCGGAUCUCUUUGAUCCACUGGAGACAGAAUCUGGAUUCUGGGGCAGGUUCACCAAUACUGAUGCUAAGACAUUUGAGGAAAGUGUGAGGCUUGGAGCAUGGAGGGUUGCAGGAAGCAAUUCUCAGUAUGUGAAGAAACUUCAAGCUGCUCAUGAAGAACGUGUUCUCAGGCAAAAGAGACAGACAAGUCCAGUAACCAUGACCUACAGCUGCACUGUCACUUCCGUCACUAGUACCAGCAUUCAGUGCACUGCCUCUGGAGUUCCAGCAAAUACUUACAGCGUAGAUGUAAACGUAGCAGGUUUAGGAACUGCUCAGUCAAGUGUUUCCUCCUUCACUGUUUCACCAGUCAUCAGCAGUAUUAGUCCGGUUCAAGGCAGCACUAAUGGUGGUGCUCUCCUUACUAUCAGUGGGUCUGGAUUUACUCCAGGGCAAGUUAGUGUUACACUAGACAGCGUUGACUGUCCUCUUGAGAGUGAGGCUGCAAAUAGUCUCAGCUGCAGAGUACCACCUCAUGCUGCAGGUGCAGUUUCUGUGGUUGUCAUGUCUUCAUCUGUUUCAGCUACAUCUUCAACCGACUUUACGUACGCCUCAGCAGUAACUCCAAUUCUGACCAGUGUUAGUCCAGACAGCAGCGUCUCUCCAGGAAUGACAUUAACACUGACAGGGUCAGGUUUUAAAUCAUCUGCAACAGACCCAACAGUCAUGAUUGGUGAAGGGUAUUGCACCAUUACUUCUGCCAGUGAUACUUCUAUUGUAUGCACGAGUCCCGAUGUUGCUGGAGGUUCACAUUCCGUUGUAGUUCGAGACGCACAGUACGGUGACUCGAACAGUGACAUUACUGUGUCUUACGAUUUCACAGUUACCACCGUAUCACCCACCUCAGGUGGAUUUGGCGGUGCUGCGAUCACCAUCACCGGAUUAGGAUUUGAUCCAAGUGGAGGCUCUGUGGUGACUGUUUGCGGGAAUCCUUGCUCUCUGAUCAGCAGCAGUUCGUCAACCAUUGACUGUCUUGCUCCUCCUUAUACAGCUGGUGGAACCAGUGUACCGUGUGACAUCAUAGUGACUAAUCCUGGAUCAGCUACAGCAACUUUGUCAUCUGGCUUCACCUAUGAUCAAGCCCUCACGCCUGCUGUCACCUCAGUUUCACCUAAGAGGGGUGGAACGGCUGGUGGCACUGUUGUCACAAUCACUGGCACUGGUUUCUCUGUCUCUGGCAAUGAAGUCUCCAUCGACGGAUCACCUUGCAUUGUUUCCUCUGAGACCACUACUGAGAUUAUUUGCGAGACGGAGCCCCACGCGGGUCCUGGCACAUUCCGAGUGGCUGUGAAGUCGCCAGGCCUAGGGAUGGCCACCACGGAUGAAAACGCCGAGUUCUUCUACAUUGAUCGUUGGAGUUCAAUUUACACAUGGGGAGGAAAUCCUGUUCCAUCUGCGGGACAACUGGUCGUCAUCACAAAGGGCCAGACAAUUCUCUUGGAUCAGUCUACAGACGUGAUAGGGGCCAUCAUCAUUCAAGGAGGCCAUUUGGUUUUCGAUGACGAGGCUGCAUCUGAGUUGAUAUUGCGCUCGAAGUACAUACUGAUUGUGGAUGGUGGUUCACUUAGCAUUGGGUCUGAGGAGGAGCCCUUCUUGAACAAUGCUGUUAUUGAGCUUCAUGGGAACACGCAGGACAUCGAAUUGCCACUAUAUGGUGCAAAGGUACUGGCCGUGCGCAAUGGCACCCUGGAUCUUCACGGUGCCCACAUUCCUAUCACAUGGACACACUUGGCCACCACUGCCAACCCAGGAGACUUGACGAUCACUCUCAAACAGCCAGUUACUUGGAAAGCUGGCGAUCAGAUCAUCAUUGCCACCACAGAGCACAGGUUCAUGGUCAACGAGAACGAAAAGCGAACCAUAGCCUCCGUAUCUGGUGACGGGCUGACAGUCACGCUCACAGAAGCUCUGCAGUACGAACACAUCUCGAUACAGCAGACUAUCGGGGGACGAAAUAUCGAGACUCGCGCUGAAGUCGGCCUUCUCACUCGCAACGUCAAGGUCCGGGGAAACAUCAACACGGACUUCAGUGAGGUCAUUGAAGCCUGUGAUGAGCAGUGGAAUCCAGGCCAGUUUGAAACGCAGUCUUGCUUCGAUGGACGAUUUGGCGAAGAAAUGGGCAGCGAUCAGUUUGGUGCCACUGUCAUGAUAUUCAGCAAAUUUCCUAAUCAAGAUUUGGUCGCUGGUCGCAUCGAAUAUGUUGAAGUUACCGAAGCUGGACAGGCCUUCAAUUUAGGUAGGUACCCUCUUCACUUCCACUUGGUUGGCAAUGUCAACACGUCAUACAUCAGAGGUUGCGCUGUGCACCGCACAUACAACCGAGCCGUGACUAUCCACGCAGCAGACUACCUGACCAUAGAGCGCAACGUUGUGUACAACAACAUGGGUCAUGCCAUCUUCACUGAAGAUGGUAUCGAACAGAACAAUGUUAUCCAGUAUAACCUCGCAGUCUACACCAGGACGUCGUCCUCACUUUUGAAUGUUGAUGUCACACCAUCAUCAUAUUGGGUUGUCAAUCCAAACAACAUUGUCCGCCACAACGCUGCUGCUGGUGGCACCCACUUCGGUUACUGGUACAGGCUGGAAAGAAACCCCUCGGGACCGUCUGCAACGACCUCCUAUUGCCAAAAUAAUGCUGUUAUGGGAGAGUUUACUAACAACACCGCCCACUCUAUUGGAAGGUAUGGUCUGUGGGUGUUCUCAAUGGACGGCUACUUCCCCAAAACAAGAGCCUGCGGAGGAAGUGACUUGGUUGCCAAGUGGCACAACUUCACAGUGUGGAGGUGCGACAGAGGAGCCGAGGUUGUCUUCGGUGGCAACCUCCAGUUCCACGGCUUCGUAACUCUAGACAAUGAACACGCCGGAUUGGAAAUGGUCAAGAUGCAGGGCAAUUUUGGUGAAGACGAUGGACCAGGUAUUUUCGACUCGCUUGUGAUUGGACACUCUGCAUUGUCACCUGGCGGCUGUGGCGACGAGACGAGCGGUAUCAUUGCACCAAAGCAGAACAUCUUCAGCAUUGCUGACACCAAAUUUGUCAACUUCGACACUGGAAAGUGUUCUGCAUUGUCUGGCUGCUCCCAGUGCAAGUUCAGGCAAGGAGGUUUCCAAGUGCAAGUUAAGGGACUCACCUUUGAAAACUCACCCAACAAGAUGAGGUUCCAGUGGGAAUACGAGACCAUCUGGAUAGAUGCUGAUGGCUCCCUCACCGGUCAAGCAGAGAAUGUUUUAGUGCCAUCCAUGGGCAUCCUUCCCCCGUCCAGUUGCCAGAUUAAUGUCACAGCAUUUUCCGUCAACCCCGAGGCGCCAGGUUCUGUCUGCACUGGUCUGAAGUUCCUGCGAUUCAACGUCAAAGGGCCCAACAUCAAACCAGAUUCUCUCCAAGGGAAGGAGAUCAUCGUGUCCAACGCCCACGGCAGCACACGUGUCCCAUACAGAAUCAAGAGACUGACUACAGAGGGAUGGAUGGGCAUUUUACCCACAGGCGAUAACUACCAGUGGGAAUUCAAUGGUGCCCAACAGAUCACCAAUUUGACCUAUGACGCAGAGGUACGCCUUAUGGAGAAUGGCAACUACUUCUUCGUCUCUCACGAGUUCAUCCAACGCCCUGACUCUUUUGGAACCCUGGGAACACAGAGGAACAGCACCAUUGCUCUUCCAGACCCGAAUACCAACGUGCACGGUGAUUACUACUGGAAUAACGACACCAUGACAAUGACUUACAUGGUAAGCUCGACUCAGGGACGUCGUAGAAGGACCGUCUUCGAUGGCCGCGUACCAGGCUUCCAGCGAAACAUUAAAUUCCAGGUCUACAGGUGCUACUUCGAAAACUGCAUCACUCCCACCCCCCCACCGGUACCCACAGGCCGACCAGACACCACCUUCAGGUGGUCAGACACGGAGACGUGGAAGGAGGUACCCGUGGGAUCAGGAGGGCAUCCCACUGAGGGCACCUAUGGCCUGCCCGUGGCAGGAGAUGAGAUUAUCGUCCCACCUGGAAUGUGGCUGAUUGUGGAUAUUGCAACGCCCCCCCUUGCCCGAGUCUACGUCUAUGGCGCCAUCGAAUUUGAAGACACAAUGCACCACACCUUCAGUGCAACCAUCAUUUACCUUCAGGGUGGCUCAGUUGUAGCAGGAUUCUCAGAGGAUGCUCCGUUCACUCACAAUUUGAACAUCGUCCUCCGUGGGUCACUUGAUCCCACAGACCCAGACAACGUGGACAUGCCCAUGCCCAUGGGCGUUCCUAGUGUGGGUUGGAAAGCAAUUGGUGUAUUUGGUCAGUUAACUCUACAUGGAGUGCAUGCAGGCAGUGCCUGGGCGAAGUUGGGUGCUACAGCAGCUGCAGGAGCUACACAAGUCACUCUGGCUGAAGCUGCAGAUCCUUCUUGGGUUGGCAAGGAGGUGAUGAUAACCACUACCAGCAAAGAGGCUUUAGAAACGGAGAUCAAGACAGUUACUGCUGUGUCUGGAUCAACACUGACUCUUAAUACUCCCUUAGAAUUCGAUCAUUUGGGUGAAAGCUUCACAUUAAGUGACGGUACUACCUCCUUCACCAUGGCUGGAGAAGUAGGCAUCCUCUCGCGCAACAUCCGCAUUGAAGGCAACGAUUAUCCUGACCUCCAGGAGGACAGUUUUGGUGGACGUAUUGUCGUUUCAAAAAUGAAUGUGGACGGUGUUGAAUAUGUUGGUCAAGUCCAACUCAGCAACGUGGAACUGAAGAACAUGGGACAGGAGGGUUUCACUGACGUUGAUGAUCCCAGGUACUCUCUUGCUUUCGUUGGACUGGGUGUUGACGAUGGUUCCAAUUACGUUAAGAGGUGCUCCUUCAAUAAGAACUACAACACUGCUGUUGGAAUGUUUGGCACGGAUAAUGUCACCAUUGAAGAUAACGUGAUCUACCAUACUGUUGGACCUUGUAUCAGGGAUGACAGUUCAGACAACACCUACCGAGGCAAUCUUCUGUCGGUGAUGCUCUUCCCUGGAACCUACAACGGUCGUUUCGAAGAUCAGAAUCUGGAUUGGUUUGGUGCAUUCGCGCUCAACAAGGCAAUGGGUGUUGUUCUUGAAAACAAUGUUGUUGCUGGGUCUGAACAAGCUGGAUACCAGACAUUUGGUGAGCCGUGCGAAGACGCAACCCUCUGGCAAAAUAAUGAAGUUCAUGGUGCAAUCUAUGGUGUCAUGAUAUGGCGCAAAGGUUCAGGAGCAGCUGUUGAUGAAUGUAGACGUAUCAGCAACGUCUAUGCUUGGAGAGCUUGGGACACUGCCUUCUACAUGCAAGACUACUCAAGCUUCUUGCUUAGCAAUGUAAAAGCCGUCGACUCCCGAGUGGGAGCCGUUCAAAUCGCCUACGCUCCACAUUCUCUGACUCACCAGUUCUUAGACAAGACCGCCGUGACCGAGGACUCGGUCUUCGUUGGAGCCUCGCCGUUCCACACCUGCGACUACCAAGCGUCGACGCCGGCCAUCCACACCUUCCAGGAGAAACACCUCUGGAGAGGAGGAAUCAACGGAGGGCAUUCCGGAAUCGUCUUUGCCUCCUUCGUUUCUGUGCCGAAUAUGGCACCGAAGCACGGGUUCGCCGACGCUGACAGCUACCCUGCCCUGCACGGAGGCAUGUUCGUCAGGAACACUGUCUUCGCUAACUAUGGCACCCGUUCUUGCGGAACUGACGUGGCCCUCAUAACGAAUCCUACUGGAGACGAUGGUAUCCACCCUAUUUUCACCAGCGGCCUCACCUUCAUCAACACGGCUUCCGAUCAUUACAUGUUCAUGCAAGAACCAAAUCUCGCCCGUAUAAAUCCAUCAGAUUGUGUUGAUAUGGACUGCGAUGGUCUCAAGAAGAUUGUGGUCACAGAUUUGGAUGGCACCCUUCUUGGCUCUGCUGACGCCACAGCAACAUCUAUGGCUGAAUUUGAAUGGGACGGUGACCGCUCACGUGGUGUGGGUGACUACAGGAUCCCUGUGGCUCUGAAGCAAAAUCCAGAUGGAUCUGCGAUCCCUGCCAGUGCGAAGUUCCCCAACAAAGGAAUCGUGCGCGAUGCCUCCUGCUCGCUCGUGACUGCAUGGCGCGCAUGGAAGUGUACCGCGCUCAGGCACCGCAUGAUGAUCAUCGAGAGCAUGGACAGUGACACAGAGAUCCGACGACUGUCCCCCAUCGCUCUGAUUGCUAAUCCAGGAACCAAUGGGUAUGUGGACCUUAUUAAUGGACCCAUGGACCGAGGAUGGUGCUUCGGGUACACGUGUCAGGAGAGGAUCUCGACCUUCUACACAAUUGUUGCCUCCACCUAUACGUAUGAAAUGGGUAUGACUAGCACUCCACCUCAGGUCAUGCGCCUCCAUCUGCUGCACUCGGACGCGAGCGAGACGGUGCUGCUACGCAUCUUCUUCCCCAAGAUGCAGCGUUACGACGUCUAUGUGGACGGCACCUUGGUCAAACCCACCAACAUUGACACAUCUUCCACUGCCUACAAGCUGUUGCCUGUUGAUCCAAAUAAUCCUCAAGCUUUCUACCCUACACACAGUGAUCCCGUAGGAUCCAACUUCUUGGAGAGAUCCCGUAAGAUGCUGCAUGUGCUCCUGAAGGGAGGACACAUGGUCCAAAUCAAGACGAGGCCCAUGGUUGUCCUGAGCACCGGAGCGGUCGUGAGUGAAUCGGACUUCUACGAGGAGAAUCUGGUAGCUAACGUGGCCGCCAUGUUGGGCAUCUCCCCAGACAACAUUGUCGUCACCAACAUUGUCAGGGAGACCAGUGGCAGGCACAAAAGGGAAGCCACUGUGUCCUUCACAGCUACUUUCGAAGUCUCCAGCGCCCCGACGACAACGGCCACUGGUACUGACAGUGCAGCAACUGGACAGCUCCUCUCCUAUGACCAACUGUCGCACUCAGUCGCAAACCUAGUGAAUUCAUUCCAGGGAGACUGCCCCACUUGCUCCAUGAAUUUGUUGUCACUCGAGGUUGAAGAUCCUAUCCCACCUCCAGAGCCAGCAGGAGAACAUGCAACUGAAGCAUCUGGUUCUGUUAUCAUCGAAGGUGGCCAGCUGUACAGCAAUGUUAAGCAGGAGCAAGAGAAUGCUAAGCUCAACCAGAGUCUACAGGCAACUGUAUACGAAGAACCCAGUGGAUCGACAGUAGAAGAAGGUGUCCCAGUGGAUAAUGUUGCAUUCACACCCUUCGCUGUUCAACCUGUCAUUACUGUCCACACGAGUGAUGGAGGCGAUAUAGAAGACCUCGGUUAUGCUAGUGAACCAUGGGAAUUCCAAGCUGUCCUCAGCGGUGGACCCCCAGGUGCCGUGCUUAUGGGAACGACCAUCGUCCCGUACAGGGAUGGGUCUGCCAACUUUACCAAUUUAGCGGUUAAUCGAGCUGGUGAAGGUUACACUCUGUCCUUUGUCAUCGCUUCUCCGCACACAGCAACUGUGCUGAAUACUGGACUUGGUUACACAUUCCGAACUGCCCAGAAACCUGUAUCGCUGAGGAUCGUAUCCCAACCUGCCUUUGUCAAUGCCAAGACAGACUUCUACUUGGAUUUCGUCCUCUUUGAUGAGGAUGCUGGCAUGGCAAUUGAUCCUGCACUGUUGACUGGCCAAACACUAAACGGCAAGAUCCAAAUAACCAACAAGAAGAAGGAUGGUAAACUGCUUGGAAACACAAAGUUCACUUUGACUGAUGGGGACAUCUCCCAGUUUACGCUUGGUCCGUUCCAAAUUACUGUUGCCGAGCCAAAUUACCGACUGCAGACUAAAAUCGAGGUUACACCAGCAGGAUGGAGCCAGGCCGUCAAAACUGAUGCUUUCCCUGUCCUGCCGCAAGAUCUGGUUAUCCCCGAAGACGCCAUAACCAAGAAGAUAUCCAUGAAAGGAUUGUGGGGCAAAAGCAAGGUCCUGAAGGGAAACAAGGCAGAGUUCCUAAAUAAGUUGAACAGCGAGCUGAACGAGAAGGUCGGAGGAGCCUACUACUUCGACUUCGAACUCAGAGGCAGCAAGCGUCCUUUGGCACUUCUGAAGGCUAUGGGAAGCCCCGCCCAACUGGACACCGCCUUGGAAACUCUCUGUGACGCCUUGAAGAACCAGAGGAUUAAAGUCAGGAUCGAGAGGCAGAAAUUCGUCAUGGGCCAACUGCGUGUCGAUGGAAAGAGGCGUAAACGAUGCGACGCCCCCAAGGGAUAAAAUGGGCGGUAUUUUUGGUUAAUUAAAAGUCACCUUGUUCGCCUCGUUAGAGGUAGAACAUGGUGAAGGAGUACAAAGAUGGUGGCCUACGAGUUUUUUUAUGCUAGCAUUUUUUCGUUUAUGUUAAUGGUUCUGGGAAUCAAAGCAAUUAUGGAUUUUUUGGUAUAUUUUUUUGGUAUAAGCAACGUUAAACUGAUAGCUACGCGUUUUCUAUUAUUUCGAUGAUUAAAAAGUGGCCAAUUUUUAUCGUUUGAAAGCAAAAUGACUAAUUCAGAAUUUAAUUGACAAACAACUGUAGACAAUUAAUUAUUAGCAUUCCAAUUCAUGUUUUCUUAUUUAACAAACAACUCUAAGACUCAAUUCUUUAGCAUUCCAAUUCACGUUUCCUUGAUCGACGAGCAACUCUACACUCUAAAACGUUCGGUUGACUGAUAAAAAUGGUAGUACUUGGCAUCACAGCCGACGACGGAAAUCGUCAAAGUUUCAAAAUGUUAUCUUUCGUACAACGAACGGCCAUUUAAACAUUUUAAUAAGAAUACUGCUGCUUUCUGGAGACAAAUAAAUGUAGUUUUGGAGA